ACACAAAUUCUUUAUAUGGAAAAGAUUUUAAGAGGUAAACUCAAUUAGGGCGUUAAAUGAUUUUGCAUAGGCAAUAUAUAUAGAGCAUUCAUGCAAAUGCCAUGUGUCGGUGACGUAGCGCGGUGCUAUUGGUUCCUCUUCGUUGUUCCACCCCCAACAUACUCACCUCUCCAUUGCCUACGCCACACUGUUUUGAACCUUCCUCUUCUUCGCAUCGUCGCUCUCAAAUUUUGGGAUUUCGCAUUCGAUCUGAAAUUUUAGGGCACAAAUUGAGUAAGAUCAAUCCAUCAAUCCAACUUUCCCGCGUCUGACUACGGGUUUCGAUGGGGCGGCUGUUCAUAGAGUCAUUACCGGGUCCGAAGGUCUUCAAAUGCAAGUGCUGCAAGGUGGAUUCCGCGUCUCACAACGACUUAGUUUCGAAGGAUUUUCAAGGUCGUUUCGGGAGGGCUUACCUCUUCAAGAGCGUGGUAAAUAUAUCUCUUGGGCCUACUGAAGAGCGGCAACUUAUGAGUGGAUUGCAUACUGUAAAUGACAUUUAUUGUAGCUGUUGUCAACAAAUAUUGGGCUGGAGAUACGAUAAGGCUUAUGAGGAGAGUGAAAAGUACAAGGAAGGAUUGUAUAUUCUAGAGAAGGAGCGGAUGUUGAAGGAGGGAUGGUGAAACUUUUGUGCAUGUAAGUUUUGUGCAAAAUCAGAGGGAAUAAAGAGGUUUCUUUUUGCAGGAGGUUCAACAUAAUUGAAAGACUUUUUUGCAUACCAAACACAUUUCGAAAGUAGAAUAGGUGAGCCGAUGAUUAAGGCAUUCUAUCAAAGCUUGUUGAGUCUCUUGGUGCAUCCCAAAAACUAAAUCCAAAGUGGAUCACAUGUUAUUACCCCUUCUGUUUGUGCUUCCUUUUAAUUGUAGACCGAGUUGUUGUAUUUUUACAUAUAUAUUUCAUUAAAUCAAUUGUUGAACCUUAA